AUGCUGCCGAGACGACGUGUCAUUGAUCUUUUGCAAGUUAUCUCAACUCAAUCAUGCAGAUGUCCGGCACACGGAAAUCCAGGAAUUACCAACGUAUGGGAACACGGAAAAACAUGGAGCACUGCGACAAACAUUUUGCCCGACAAGGAGUACGCAUUCGAGAUGGCCUGCUCUUCCGUAAGAUAUGGAAUAGGAGUAACAAGAGAAUUGGGAAUGGACAUGCAAAAUUUAGGAGCGAAGAGAACAUGUCUAAUGACUGAUUCUAAUUUGGUGACUUUAUCUCCUGUAAAAACUGCUAUUGAUAGUCUCGUCAAAUAUGGUAUACAAUUCGAGAUAUACGAUAAAGUACGGGUGGAACCAACAGAACAAAGUUUACAGGAAUCGAUUGAAUUCGCCAAACGUGGAAAUUUCGACGCUUUUGUAGCGGUUGGCGGUGGUUCCGUGAUGGACACCUGCAAAGCGGCUAAUCUGUACAGUUGCAAUCCAGACGCCGAAUUUUUGGAUUACGUGAACGCGCCGAUCGGGAAAGGAAAACCUAUUCAGAUUCCUCUGAAACCGCUUGUCGCUGUUCCAACGACUUCUGGUACCGGUUCUGAGACAACUGGAGUAGCUAUUUUCGAUUAUCGACCGUUAAAGGCCAAAACGGGAAUCGCGAACAGAGCUCUACGUCCAAUAUUAGGACUCAUCGAUCCCCAACAUACCUUGACUUUACCGGAGAAAGUGUGUGCGUAUUCUGGUUUCGAUGUGCUCUGUCAUGCCUUAGAAUCCUUCACAGCAAUACCCUAUACAGAGAGGACGCCAUGCCCGUCAAAUCCGAUUCUGAGACCAGCCUACCAAGGCAGCAAUCCUAUCAGCGAUGUCUGGGCGCGAUAUGCUCUACAAAUUAUGCGCAAAUACUUUAAGCGAGCAGUUUACAACUCAAAUGAUUUGGAAGCGAGAAGUUCUAUGCAUUUAGCGAGUACAAUGGCAGGUGUUGGUUUUGGAAACGCCGGUGUCCAUCUUUGUCAUGGACUUUCGUAUCCCAUCAGCGGAAAUGUUCGAAAUUUCCAACCAAAAGGAUACAGCAACGAUCAUCCCAUAGUUCCUCACGGUUUAUCCGUAGUGAUUUCCGCUCCAGCUGUCUUUUCCUUUAUCGGAAGCGCGUGUCCAGAGAAGCACCUGGAAGCUGCAGAAUUACUUGGUGCAGAUGUUAAAAAUGCCAAACGGGCCGACGCUGGAAAAAUUCUAGCCGAUAUAGUAAAAGAAUAUAUGCACGUUAUGAAAAUCGAAAACGGUUUGACAGAGCUCGGUUUCAAGAAAGAAGACAUUCCUACUCUGGUUCAAGGAACAUUGCCUCAGCAUCGCAUUACGAAAUUAGCGCCUCGAGAACAAUCGGAAGAGGACCUCGCACAAUUAUUUGAAAAUUCAUUUAGCAUUUAUUGAAACUUAAUAUUUUUUGAUUGUAUAUAUUAUCAGAAGAUUAUGUAAUAAAGAUUCUAUUUUUUAU